GAAAAUGGCUUGCGCUCUCUUAUCAAGUCCUAUCCUUCUCUCUUCACAAAGAAGGGAAGUGGGGCUAUAUGCGAGGAGUUGCAGUAGCUCAUUUUAUGAGAAAGUUAUAUAUAAACAGAGUUUUUUGAGAAGAGAAAUUGGUAGCAUCCGUGGAGGCAGAGUUGUGGUCGCCUCAGUGCUUGGAAGGAAGGUCAAGAAAAGAGAGACUGUGAUUCCUGAACCUGAUUAUCGAAUUCCAAUUGUACUACUUGGUCUAGCUGGUGGGUUAGCUUAUAAUGAUAAUUUAUUACCUGCUGCACCUGUUGGACUCCUUGGAUUACUGCUGCUGUUCCAGACUACACGAGUGAGAUUUGUCUUUGACGAUGAAGCUCUGGAGGUCAAAGUAGGGGAGCAACUUGAUGAUUCAGGUGAAAAUGUCUUUGUAGGGGGGAAAAACCGUUGGAAAUACUCAACUUUUGUGAAUUGGGAGCUUUGGUGGCCAAAUUUCCCCAUUCUGGUGUAUUUUAAAGAGACACAAACAAAGCCGGAAGGACAAGUUCACUUCUUCCCAGUAAUUUUUAAUGGCAAGCAACUAUAUGAUGUUAUGGUGGAGAGAGCCGGCCCUUCAAAAACUAGUGGGCCAAAAUAGUCUUACAGUCUGGCUUGUGACUCUGACUGUGAGGGCACAAGCAUCAAAUAAUUAGGACAUAAAUGCCUUGCCCCUCAUUUGAAGCUACAUAUGUUUUAUUGUAUCCGGACUGUGUAUGAGUCGGAUCAAUCAAUAUAAUAAAAUAUUAUUUUAUUGAGGUGA